AUGGCUGAAAUUCAUCAGCUUGAGGUUGAAACUAAAUGCAAGUCCUCUGCAGAGAGGUUUUACGCUUUGAUGACUCGUGAUGCACCCAAACUUCCAAAAUAUGCUCCUCAAACGAUCCUCAAUGUCCAAGUUUUCCCCCGAGAUGGUGAAGUUCGUGGGGGAAGUAUAUUUGUUUGGGAAUAUGUACCAAGAGACAACCCUUUUGUUGCGUUGUCGAUAGAGAAGGUAACUGCGGUUGACCCUAAAAACUUGUCAAUAACUACCACAGUUCUUGAAGGAGAUCUCACAAAUGGCUACACAAGUUUUGUCAUCACACUUGCUAUCACUCCAACAAAGAGGGAUGGGAACUAUAAUUUCAUUGUGAAGUGGGUUGUACAGUAUGUGAAAGCCAAUGAAGAUGUCCCUGAUCCAACAAACUUUAUGAUAUUUCUGGAAGAGUUUACCAAGGAGUUGGAUAACAAUUUGCUCAAGGAAGAAUAG